AUGUCUCAGCCCCAAGCCGCCCAUGGCAAGCACAUUAUCCUGCAGCACAACCCCACCAAGGACGACACUGAGUGGAAGUUUACCCUUCCUGCCACAGCCUUCAGCAUCCCACCGAAGGCAAAGAAUCCCGAGCUCUAUGGCAAAUUCAUAAAGUUCACAGCAACGCACAUUACAUUUCAGAUGCAGCUGCUGCCAAACAACCGGAUUCUACAGUCUGAUGACAAGACCAAGUUCAUCCUCCUGUCAUUUGGAGACCUUCGUUUCCCAGAGACAACAUUGAAGGCUACUGCUGAGUACAUGACUCGUUUGUUCAAGAUGGGAUUGUUCUUGAAUGGUGUCCAAUACCGAUUUUAUCACCAUUCAAACAGUCAAUUGCGAUCAAGAAGUUGUCUUCUUCGUGAAGCCACCUCAGAUAGUGUUCUCGACGAGCGGAUCAAUGCGUGGGGUGACUUUUCCAAGAUCAAAAGUGCAGCCAAAAGGGCAAAACGAAUUGGACUACUGUUCUCUGAAGCUCAACUUGACUUUGAUUUAGAUCCAAAAUAUGUCAAAGACAUUGAGGAUAUAAAAUUAGGAGAUGAAUUAUUUUCUGAUGGCUGUGGUCUUAUUUCACGGAGGCUUGCAGUUCAACUUGCAAAAGAAAAAAAGAUAAUUUUCCGAGGCAAAAGAUAUACUCCUACAGUUUUCCAGAUCAGAUAUCGUGGAUACAAAGGUGUUCUUAUGCUUCAUCCCCAACUUGAUGCACUUGCACAUAACAACAAAAAUGAGCAAUUCCUAGUUCAUUUCCGCAAGAGUAUGAAAAAAUUCAAUGCAACACAGAACAAUACAUUUUCUGUAGUUGACUACUCUGCCCCAUAUUCUUUUGGUCGUCUGAACAAUGACAUUAUUGUUCUUUUAUCCAGUCUUGGAAUCACCAAUGAAAAGUUGCUUGCAAAGCAACAGGAAUAUUUUAAUUGGAUACAAAAUGCAUCACUGGAUACUCUCCAUGCCUUGGACUUUCUCUCAGCUAUGGAUCAAGAAACAUUAACAGAGGGUUCUGAUUCAGAUCAAUCACUGGCGUCUCAGAUCUUGCUAGAUGGUGUAGAAGCACCUGCUGUUGCACAAGCUAUAAGGAAGCUUCAAAUGAGGGAGUUAUCAGGCUUCAAAAAUGAGCGCAAUCAGAAGGAUCGGUCUAGGAUGAUUAUUCGAAAAUCAAGGCUUAUCUUUGGAGUUUGUGAUCCAUUUGGUGUUCUCAGAGAAGGAGAGGUACAUAUCCGGAUCACAGCUGGGCGAGAUGGGGCAACAACUCCAAUUAAUGGCAAUGUCUUAGUUGUACGCAAUCCUUGUCUUCAUCCUGGUAAGGGGACUGUCUGA